CGCACUGGAGCAGGACCGCCCGCCUGCGCGCGCGGCGCGGGAACACAGGACUCCUGUCUUUUCCUUUUCCGUUUUUUCACCUCUCUCCAUCGCUCUGGGUUGAUUUAUUUUUUUUUUUUAUUAUUAUUAUUACUUUGCUACCUGACUUUUUCCUCUUGCUUUGUCGUUUUGAUCUACCUUUCAUAUACACACGUUCCUCUUUUUUUUUUUUUCUUUUUUGACUGAAGGCUGUGCUAAGACUUUUUCAGAAAGCCUUAAGGAAAGGAAAGGGGUUGAGGGGGAAAGAAGCCAACAAGAGACUGAAAAGAGCAAGAGAAAGUGGCAGCUAAGAAGGACUGUGAAAUCACCUCCCCUUUCCGGGGCUGUCGAUCAGAGUUGCACGUUAUUAUUAUUGUUGUUGUUCUUUCUACAUCUGUCCAUCCAUAUAUACGUGUCCAGAGAGAGACAAGUACUGACAGAGAAACUCAACAAGACCAGCCAUGGUAGCAAGGGCUCAGCCUGAUCGGAAGCAAUUACCACUGGUCCUACUGAGAUUGCUUUGCCUUCUCCCUACAGGGCUGCCAGUCCGCAGCGUGGAUUUUACCCGAGGCACCGAUAACAUCACCGUGAGGCAGGGGGAUACAGCCAUCCUCAGGUGUUAUGUAGAAGACAGAAGCUCCAAGGUAGCCUGGUUAAACCGUUCUGGCAUCAUUUUUGCUGGAGAGGACAAGUGGUCCCUGGACCCUCGAGUAGAGCUGGAGAAAAGAAACCCACUGGAAUACAGCCUGCGGAUCCAGAAAGUGGAUGUCUACGAUGAGGGGUCCUAUACAUGCUCAGUGCAGACGCUGCAUCACCCUAAGACUUCCCAGGUUUACUUAAUUGUGCAAGUUCCACCAAAGAUCUCCAAUAUCUCCUCGGACAUCACCGUGAAUGAAGGCAGCAAUGUGACCCUGGUUUGCAUGGCAAAUGGGCGUCCUGAGCCUGUCAUCACCUGGAGGCACCUCACCCCGACAGGCAGAGAAUUUGAAGGUGAGGAAGAGUACCUGGAGAUCCUAGGAAUCACACGAGAGCAGUCGGGCAAGUACGAAUGCAAAGCUGCCAACGAGGUUGCUUCAGCAGAUGUCAAGCAAGUCCGGGUCACUGUGAACUACCCUCCCACUAUCACAGAGUCCAAGAGCAAUGAAGCGGCCACAGGACGACAAGCCUUACUCCGGUGCGAGGCGUCAGCAGUGCCCACACCUGAUUUUGAGUGGUACAGAGACGACACCAGGAUAAACAGUGCCAACGGUCUGGAGAUAAAGAGCACGGGGAGCCAGUCUCUGCUGAUGGUGGCCAAUGUCACUGAAGAACACUACGGGAACUACACCUGUGUGGCUGCCAACAAGCUGGGAGUCACAAAUGCCAGCCUAUACCUUUACAAACGAGUUUUACCCACACUCCCCAAUCCUUUUCCAGGACCCGGCACGGGGAGAGUAGACAGCGGCUCCAUGAGUUUGGCCGUCCCACUGUGGCUGCUGGCAGCAUCCCUGCUCUGCCUACUCAGCAAAUGUUAAUACAAAUCAGAAUUUAAAAUAAUAAUAAUAAUAAUAAUAAUAAUAAUAAUAAUAAUAAAAUCAACACGACGACGACAACAACAACACACAAAACAAAAUGCGUUAUACAGGAGACAGAGCAAAGAGAAGUGAGAGAGAGAGAAAGAAGGAGAGAGAGAGAGAAAGAGAGAGGACUGUUUCUUUCACAACUUUUGUGUGUUCAGGAGCGAAGAGGGGGGAGAGGAAAAAUCACAGCAAAGACGACUCAGCAACAUUUAUUCUGAAUUCUGACAAGCCAGCUGUCAUGUCAUCGACUGUCUAGGAGGCAACACGAAGCGAGAGAGAGAACAGGGUACCAGCAAGGAUUGUGUUGCCGGAGGACGCUGCAAUGUAAACAGACCAGCAAAACCCACAAAGCCAAUCAAACAGAAGAUCCCUUUUCUUUUCUCUCCUCCUUCCUCUUUUCCGUAAUUCCUCACCUUUCUUCCUUCAUCUUAUUUCUUUCUUCUGCUGAAAGCAGUCUUUGCUUCGGUGAUUGUAGCCACUUAACGUUUUGGAUGCCCUUGGUCAUUUUUGUGAGCUGAUGCUCAGCCAGUUCAUACUUCU